ACCGGGGACACACCCAUCUCCAGAUUCCUUUCACCUGGAGUCGGAUAAACACCAAUCAAAACUCCGGUGCUACUUGCUCCUCGUCGACCACAAGAUCGAUCUCCAGACCAAGAUUUGCUAGCACGUUGUAGCACAACACACCAGAGUCCGGGUAUACAUGGGUAACUUGGUCUCGCAGUGCGUCACGGGCGACGCAGAGCGCGCGGGGCCGCUGGUCGUCCUGCCGGACGGCAGCCAGUUCCGGCUGGAGGAGCACGCCGGCGUCGCGGAGCUGAUGAUCGAGGCGCCGGGGCACGUGGUUGCCCAGGCGAGGGACGCCGCCAAGGAGCGGCGGCUGCGAGCCCUGGCGGCCGACGAGUUCCUGCGCGCCGGCGAGGUGUACCUCCUCGUGCCCGCUGGGAGGGCCGGGGCGCGCCUGGGCGGUCAGGAGGCGGACGCCAUCCGCCGGCUGGUGUCCGGCAAGAAUGGUGGCAAGGGCAAGGGCAGCAGGUCCGGGAGAAGGAUUUUCCCGGAAGGAGAAGCAGCGAGCACCGAGGAUGGAAAUGAGUCUGCUGAAUGUGCGCUGCUUUGUAGGAUUAGGCCAAGGCAGUGGAGGCCCGCCCUCGACACCAUCUUCGAGGCUUAGAUCGAUCAUGGCCCCCGGCUGUAGGGUAGAAUAGGAAAUCUGAUUCAUUCAUUAUUUUUGUUAUUUUUUGUCGAAUAUGGAUCAUCCUUCUUUUUCAAGCAAGGAGAGAAGGUAUUCGUUUGACGUGUACAUGUGUCUUGUAAAGCUUCAACUUAUUUUGGAGCAAAAGGUUUUCAGAGCUAGAAAUAGUAAUUGUCAAACCUAAAUGUUACUCCCUC